AUGCGGGGGAAUUCCUUGUGGAGACUGCAAGAAUUAUAUUCUUCUGGACUUGGAGUGCUUUUGAAUAGGGUGGACAGAACUCUCGAAAUUUUCAUCAGAAUGUCAUGGAUUCGAUCGAUAAAGCAAUCAGAACUGCUAAAGGACCGAGAUGCAUACAUGAAGAGAGUUUAUGGAGAUCCCUUGAGUAAUUGGAAGGUGAAUCCAAUGACUACUCCAGUAAAUAUGUUUACAGGUGGCGGAGAAGGCCAAGUUUAUGACGGAGAGAGAAUAUUGGGAUGAUUUCCGAUAUGGUCAAUGCUUCGACAGUGUGGAAUCAGCUGUUCAGGCAAGUCCGUGAUAUGCCAGAAUGUAAUCUUUUCAUAUUUUAGUGUGAAAUUAUCCAUGGGGAAUUUGAUCCUAAACAGCUACCGUAUGAGAAAUACAUGCAAUGGCAUUUUCGCGAAUUUUGCGACAAGACGACUGCUCAUGGCAUACCAAUGAUUGGACAAGCACCCAAUCGAUACUAUAGGUAAAUCUCAUCAAGUCGUUUUUUAGUUUAGGACAAUAUGGAUAACCCUCUUCCUUGGCUGCAUGAUCAUGUUGUACCAAAAUGCUCGUUCAGUUAUUGACAAGUACAAUCGAAACGAGAAGAUUGUCGAUAUCGAAUUGAAAUUUGGUCAGUGACUUUCCUGAUAUUAUAGGUCUUGAAAGUUUAGAUACUGCUCCAUUCCCAGCAAUCACUGUUUGUAAUUUGAAUCCAUACAAAGCUUCGAUGGCUAAGGAUAUUGACUUGAUCAAACGGACUUUGACUGCCUUUGAUGGAGCCAUGGACAAAGCUGGAAGGGAAGAGACAGAAGCCAAGAGAACGAAGAGGGCAUCUCACAAUUCAUCUUCAGUUUUCGAACCAGGGUACUCUAAGUGUCAAUGCACUGGAUUGGAAACAUCCGAGGAGGAGGGGGACAUUGUGUCGGCUGAGAAAGGGGAAUGUGAAGGAGAGAAAUUUAAAUGGGAGAAACCGGGAGGAAGUGAUGAUAAAUGUAUUUGUGCCUUUGAUCGGGCUACAAAUGAUGCUUGGCCAUGCUAUUUGUCGAAUAAAUGGACUCAAGAGGUGUGUGCGUCUUGUGAUGAAAGAGCAUUUUGUAGGAAAUGUAAGUUCGUUGUUGCAGUACCUUAUUUUAAUUAUAGCGCUGUUGUCCUCAAAUUCUUCUGAUGGGCGGGCUUGCAUUUGUGCUCCAUCUGGAGAAUUUUGUAUGGCUUAUGAUGGGAUUGCUGAGAUCCUUCAAAUCUGGAAAUAUCUGAAUGGAGAAGCAGAGGAAGAGGCGCAAUUCAUCGAAGCCAUGGGAUUCAAAGUAAGGUAUCCCAGGAAUGAGCAAGCUCCAAUAAUUUCAGGAUAUGAAAGAUGAAGUCGCCAUUGUCACCAAGGCUAAAGAAAAUAUUAUUUUUGCAAUGUCCACACUCUCAGUGAAAGAAAGAAUGUUGCUAUCCAACAGCAAACGAGAGCUUUUGCAUAAAUGUUCCUUCAAUGGACAAGCUUGCGACAUCGACAAUGACUUUAUAACUCGCGUCGAUCCAAUAUUUGGCUCUUGUUUUACUUACAAUCAUGACAGGUAUUAUCUGUAAUAUAACUGUAAUUCUUGUGAUCACAGUUAUAAUACUUGUUUCAGAAACAAGAGUCUAACUUCAGUUCGAGCAGGCCCAAUGUACGGUCUUCGUAUGCUGGUUUACGUUAAUUCUUCGGAUUAUAUGCCAACUACAGAAGCGACAGGAGUCAGAUUGACUAUCCAUGACAAGGAUCAGUUCCCAUUCCCGGAUACUUUCGGAUUUUCCGCUCCAACUGGAUUCGUUUCAUCAUUCGGUCUUCGUUUGGUAAGUCUGGGUUGCAUUAUGGACCCAUUGAUACGAACUUUUACGUUCAUUUAAACAUCGAGAGUCUAGUCGACAUAAUUUGAACACUCAAUUCUCCACAAACAAUUUAAAUUUAUGAAAUCAAGUGCCUUUAAAUUGCGUGCACAGUGCAACCACAGAAGUUUCCAUUGUAUGGACACCUUCCGCAAUUCCCGGCCCUUUGAUUGUGGCCUAAUUUCAAUGUGCCAAUACUGAAGCACUAAACUAGAACUUAAAUUUGAAAUGUAUUUUAGCGUCGGAUGAGCCGUUUACCAGCACCUUAUGGAGAUUGUGUUAUGGAUGCGGGAGCAGCUUCCUCGACUGCUUACAUCUACGAGGAUUACGCAUAUUCUGUGGAGGUACCGGUAUCUUCAAAGUGUAAUCAUUUUGUCUACAGGGUUGUUAUCGGUCUUGUUUCCAACAGAGAAUGUUAGAUGAAUGUGGUUGCGGUGAUCCUCGAUUCCCUGUCCCUCACGGGCAUAAACAUUGUCGUGCCGCUGAUUCCAAUGCCCGUAAAUUGAGUGACCGAUUUUAUAACACUUUUUGAGGUAAAUGUUUGGAGGCAAAAUUGCAAGAAAUGGGAGGCCAUCAAGGGAACAGUAGUAUGGCUUGUCACUGUGCCCAACCGUGCCGUCAAUCAAUCUAUUCAGUCACUUAUUCUCCGGCUCGAUGGCCUUCAAAGUCCUUACAGAUUCAGAUUGGAGUUUGCAACAACACGCCAGCUGAAUGUACAAAGCAUUACAAGUAGGCACUUUAUUGUUUCAAAUUGAGUGACAUCAUUUGCGUGUUUUUCAGAGACAACGGCGCCAUGUUAGAAGUAUUCUACGAACAGCUCAACUUCGAAAUGCUCACGGAAUCUGAGGCUUAUGGGGUAAGAACGGUGUACAUUUUAUGGUGAUACCAAUUAUUUUAGUUGGUAAACUUACUGGCAGACUUUGGAGGACAAUUGGGUUUAUGGUGUGGAAUCAGCUUCUUGACCUGCUGCGAAUUUGUAUUCUUAUUCUUUGAGACAAUGUACAUGUCCAUACAGCACCAAUUGCUCUUACGGCAGCAAAGAAGAGAAGAAAAAGAGAAAGAGCGCAUUUUGUACUGA